AUGCGUCUCUUGAGCACACUCGCCCAACUGACAACGUUCAACAACAACACCAUCUUCCAGUCCCCAGCCAACUAUACCAUCCCUGGCACUCUGUACGCUCGUACAGUGGAACUCUCAGACGGCACCCUCCUCGCCACCUGGGAGAACUACAGCCCCGAACCUCCACCCGUCUACUUCCCGAUCUUCAAGUCCACCGACUAUGGCCAAAGCUGGGCUGAGAUCAGUAGAGUCCAAGACACCGCCCGCGGCUUCGGCUUGCGCUACCAACCUUUCCUCUACGAGCUCCCUGCCUCCUUCGCCGGCUUCAAGCAGGGCGACAUCCUACUUAGCGGCAGCUCCAUCCCCACAAACCUGUCCUCGACGCACAUCGAACUCUACGCAUCCCGCGAUGGCGGCUACACCUGGUCCUUCGUGUCCCACAUCGCCGACGGUGGCGUCGCAGAACCUACCAAUGGCCUCACGCCAGUCUGGGAGCCCUUCCUCCUCCUUCUGAACGGCGAGCUCAUCUGCUUCUACUCCGAUCAACGCGACCCUGCCCACGGCCAAAAGCUUGUCCACCAGACCACCACCGACGGCGAAAGCUGGGGACCCGUUGUCGAUGACGUGGCGUACGCCAACUACACCGCUCGUCCGGGCAUGACGACCGUCGCCUCCUUACCAGGCGGCCAAUGGUUCAUGACGUAUGAGAAUGGCGGUGGCAUGAUUGGUGGUGUCUACCCCAACAGCUACCAGUUCCCUGUCUACUACAAGAUCUCUUCAUCGCCACUCACUUUCGGCAACGUGACAGGCUUGCCGUUGGUGGCGACUGAUGGAACAGUGCCGUCGUCAAGCCCGUACAAUACGGCGACAAGAAAUGGACUCAUCAUCGUGAGCGCGAACUCGCACUCCGAAGCAUUCAUUAAUCAGGCCACGAGUGAGGGCAAAGUGGACGGAAGCAAGUGGGUGAAGGUGGAGACGGGGGAGCGCAGAAGUUACACGAGGAGUUUGAGGUUGUUGCAGCAUGAGGAAGAUCGGUAUCUGUUGCUUGCGGAUGGUGGGAGUCUGCCUCCGUCUAAGCAGAACAGGGUGCAGGUUGGAUUGAUUGACAUUUCGGGGCAGAUGGUCAUCUGGGGGUUGGUCGUCUAA